UGGACCUUGCUCGCUCGCCCUCGCUCGCUAGCUGCUACACCCUGUGCUGUGGCCGCUGCCUUGGGAGUCUCUCGCUAUUCUGCGACAAUGUUGCUAGAUUUGGGGCAGCAAUGAAUUAGAGAGAAGGAAGUUCAAGUGUUAACCCAAUAUUAGAAGACAUAAUAGGUUUUAAGGCUUUUAUAAUGAGCGAUGCAGUGCAUAUUUGUUCAAAAGAUUAAGGUAUGAUGAUUCGUUUGAAAAACACGCCAGGAAAUGGAUCACUAAGAAUAAGAGGACAAUUGAAUAGGAAACGAGGACACGUUUUAAGACUUUCUCAUUAAGAUAUUACGUGUUUAAAAUAAUGUCUAUGCUGCAAUGAGUGGCGAGCAGCCUUGCCUUGGAAGUGUUGGGGUUGGAAUUACCAGCACCAUACCAGUUGUGGUGACAUUCCUAACCAAUUCCACUUGGUCAAUACAAAUGAUGUGGUAUCGUUCGCGGAAAGGAGUACACUAGAACACAACAGAUAACAGCUCCGCGGUGAAAUUAGUGGAAAAUUGCCUACUUUAGAGCAACUAGCUACGUAGCAGCCGGUCGUACACGCCAGAAAAUUACCGCCAUAAACUGAAAGCUUUACAAUCACUAUCAAGGAAACUGGCGCCAUGCAUUAAUUACUCCAGCAGUGAAGGAAAGCCGAGCUCGUGCAUGCUGCCGCCGGGAGGUGCUAGUGGUCGUCAAGGACCUGACUGAUGAUCCCAUAAUUAAACCCACAGGCAAAUGAAGGUAUUAAGCAGAUGGAGAGGAAGAGAAAAGGACACUUAACAGUUAUCUCGAGCGUUCUCAGAUGUUUUGCGCUUAUAUGUCUGCUCUGGUCUGGUUCAGUGACUACUAGAAUAUAGUGUGACGAAGCUGUUGUGAAUACGUAAUAACUGAUCUUAUUAGUUGAGAUUUAUUAGUUUGUUCGACAUACUUCAUACCUUGAGAAAUUUAUUUAGUGGAAGAAAUGUUAUUGACUAUUUGGUGUUACGUGUGUUAAUCAAAUCGCUUACGGAUGACGACUUGGAUUAUACAUAACUGAAAAAGAUUAUCCUAGUCAAACGAAUGUAUGAUUGAUGUUUGUGAAUUGUUUGUAUAUAUUAUUUACUACACUUCGUGAAACAAAUUACUAAACGUUAAUAAUAAAACAAUAUAUAAUAAAAAUUCCGUAACAUUUCGUGGAAUACAAUAUAACGCGAAACUCUAACAUCUGAUAAUACAAUGUUUAUUGGUGUUUAACUAAGAUAUGAAACAUAUAUCGUGCAAAGUAUUGAGAACACAUUACAAAACCGUUUUGUUAUUGCAAGAUUUACAAUUGAUUUUCAUUUAUGUGGUCAGCAAGAAUCUCGAUCGAAACAUGUAAAUUUAUUCCAUCUCGGUUACUGGAAAAGAAUAACAUUAGUGUUCCCCAGAGACUUCAUUUUAAAAAUAGUGUGAUGGUAUAAAACCUUCAUUCUACAGUUUCUGAAAUUUCUGAAAAUAUUUUACUCACUGUUAUACAAAAAAAUAUAUAUAUGUGAAGGAACAGUAAAGAUAUUAAAAUAAACUUAAGCAAACGGCUGAAGUAAUCCAAUCGUGUUUCUUAUUUGUUCGUUUAACUUCUUUCGUAAUCAAGUUGUGUAGAGAGCGGGAUUAAGUUGGGGUCAGUAUAUUCUCCUCUGAGAUCCCUAUAAGAAAGUGACAAGGAAAAAAACAAUGGGCGAAGAGACACAUGCUAAGAGGAGCAUGUGUAUCUUCCUCUUCCUGAACCUCUUGUACACCGCUGCUUCCGACGGAGAUUUCCUCUUCCAGAAGAAAAAAUACGUGGUCGAAAAAGUGGAGGGCGUGUCUGGAGAGGCGGCCCGUCUACCCUGCAACAUGUCAGUCCAAGCUGGCGACACCGUCUACCUCGUCCUCUGGUUCAAGGAGGGACUCACAACACCCAUAUACAGUUACGACAUGAGGGAACUGCUAGGAGGUGAACCCAAGCACUGGUGGGAUCAAGACCUCCUCAGCUCCCGGGCCUACUUCAAUGCAGGCAUUUCCCCCUCCCACCUCCUCCUUCAAGACCUCGCUGAGGAGGACGCAGGAGUAUAUAAGUGUCGAGUCGACUUCCAGAGAGCGCCCACCCGCAACACCCGCAUCAAUCUCACCGUCGUUGUUCCACCGCGUCGUCUGGUGCUGGUUGAAGAAAGCGGGGCAGAGGUUCGGAGCUACGUCGGUCCUGUCAAUGAGGGGGACGACCUUCACCUCAGCUGUAUGGCGCAUGGGGGUCGCCCGGCGCCAGCUGUCACCUGGUUGCUUAACGAUCAGGUUAUUGAUGACACCAUUGAGAGUCGCGAAGACGACCAGACUCGUAACGACCUGACGCUGAGAGGAGUAACAAGGUCGUUGCUCAGGGCUCAACUCACCUGUCGAGCCACUAAUAACCAAGUAUCUCCGGCCCUCGCAACCAUGGUCACUAUAGAUAUGAACUUGCGGCCGUUGGACGUGGUCAUCCAUCGCCCCCAGGAGCCACUCUCCGCCGGCAGGACGUACGAGGUGUUGUGUUCCUCCCGGGGGUCACGGCCCCCCGCGGUCCUCACCUGGUGGUGGGGGUCAUCCAGGAUGCCAGCUGCCGAUGAUACGACCUCACACGGGGGCAACGUGUCUACCUCAAUUGUAUGUCUUACGCCCAAUGCGUCCGACGACGGACGACUUCUGGCGUGUCGGGCUGAGAACCGCAACGUUCCCACGGCAGUGAUCGAGGACACCUGGAAACUCAGCGUCUACUACGCACCAACGGCGAAGGCGGUGCUGGGGGCGUCGCUCAACCCAACAAACAUCAGGGAAGGGGACGACGUCUACUUCGAUUGUCAUGUGGAUGCCAACCCGCGAGCCUACAAGGUCGUCUGGAAACAUAAUGGUGUGGUGUUGCGGCAGGAGAAGGAGGGCGGUGUGCUGCUCAACAACAUGAGCCUGGUGGUGCAGCAGGUGACCCGAGGUCACGCUGGACGCUACACCUGUCAGGCCAGUAACGUAGAAGGGGACUCUACCUCCACACCUGUCACUCUGGCUGUACAGUACUCGCCCUUGUGUCGUCCUGGACAGGUGAAGACCUAUGGUGUCUCCAAAUUAGAAGAAGCUCAGGUGACCUGCCAGGUGGACGCUGUCCCUCAGGUGUCUCGGUUCUAUUGGACGUUCAACAACACAGCCGAGAGCGUAGACGUGCCCCAGGAGAGGUUUUCAAUUGGACUUGGCAGCCGGAGCGUCGUCAAAUACACGCCCAUGUCAGACCUUGACUACGGGAGCCUCUUGUGUACGGCAGAGAACAUUGUCGGCCGCCAGACCGUGCCUUGUGUCUUCCAUAUUAUACCUGCCACUCAGCCAGAGUCUCCUACCAACUGCUCGCUGUACAACGUGUCUGCCAGCAGCCUGGCUGUGACCUGCGACCCUGGCUUCGACGGCGGCCUCAACCAAACCUUCGCCAUGGAGGUUUACGGCACCAACCCGCAUUCGUUGAAGGCCAACAUUACCUCCAAGGUGCCCAGGUUUGUGGUGACGGGUCUGGACAACGAGUCGCAGUUCCAGCUGAUCGUGUACGCCGGGAACGCCAAGGGCCGCAGCGGCAUCUCCAGGCUGGUGGCCCUCACACACAAGCUGCCGGUGAAGCAGCUGGAGACACGCCUAGGGACCAGUGGCUCUGCUGGAGUAUCGCAGGACGCCCUGGCGGUGGAGGUGACACCACUGCUGGGAGUCCUUGCUGGGAUCAUCCUCGUCCUCGCCGUCAUCGCUAUCGUCAUCAUCGUCAUCCUCAGGGUCCAGUGCAGCGCGGCAGCCAGAAGGCGCCAGGCUCGGGAACAAGAGGGCAACAAGAGUGACGAGACACAACAAAGACACCAACAGAAAAGAUCCCAACAGCAGCAGCAACAGCAACAUCAAUUCCAUAAACACCAGCAGCCGUUAGGAACAUUAAAGAAAGGUCGAGGAAGCCACAUUGACCGUCAGGCUGAGGUUCAUGACCCGAACGACGAUCUUCAUGGUUGUUAUAGCGAGCAGCACCUCCACCAGCACCAUUCUGACGACCAGAGUCCCGAUGUCGUCGCCUGCAGUGGAGACUGUGAUGAGGUGAGCGUCAGCAUAAGGCCAGGGGGCGCCUUGUCCUAUAUUCCAGGUCACCGACACGGCGCGCAACACCUCCAGCAGCUUCAACACCGCCACCAGCAGUCCCCGCCCCUUCCUCAACACAGCCAGCAGUGCCAACAGCAACAACAUCAUCUCCAGCAACACUCUCCGUCAUUAGGGCCACACCAGUCUCCAACUGCGACCCAACACAGCCCAGAUCCCCAUCAUUACACCUUACCGCUCCCAGGGCACGGGGCUCACGACUUAAGACACGCCCACCUACUCAGACAGUCUGCGUAUUCCACCACGCCCAGAGUGUGUGGCGGUGGGGACAUCGAGGUGCACUUCAGUGAGGGCGAGAGCGGCACGCCCCCAGCACCAGCGCCUGACGACGUUCCGGCGCCUCUUCUGUACGCCGGGGAUGUGACCCAGCAGGUUCCUGUGGGUACCAGUCUGCCCAGAAUACCUGAGGACCCAGAGAGUCCCACGUCAGCCAGAAGAGAAAGUGCCGUGUGAGCCAGGCUUUAUUUAGACACUGAACCUCCUUAAGACUUUUAUAAGACAAUUUAGUCACUGAGUGACGAAUCUAUAUUGGGGUUCACUUUUUGUAUGAACCUUUCACGCCAAAGUUAUAUAUCCGAUGUGAAAUAAAGAAAUAUUGUAUGUCUGUGUGUACAUAUGUAAAAGUAUGAUGAAUGAUAGAUGUCAUUGUGAUCAUAUAGAAACAGUUCACCAUGGAAGCCACUUUCAUAGCCUAGCCUUGUUGUAGUAUAUUAUAUUGCAUUCCCACAUUUUUUAAACUUCAUCGUGUGUCAAAUUAAGUAGGAAAUAUACGUACUAAACAAUCAUUACAUUGUGAUAAACAUCUGUGUGUAAGCUUGUUCAGGGACCGCAGGGGAAAAAUGAUGCGUUUAUAGUGUGUUUGUAUCAGUGACUGAGGGGACAGCUUCAAAUCAACACUCAUUCGAGUCAGUGGAAACACCCGAGACAGCAUUCAGUCUGGUGGAAUUAGAUAAAGGUUGGACGACCUUAGAAAAUCCAGGACUUCUUGUUGCAACAGAUGAUCAGUAAAUAACCUCAAAGCGUGUGCCGGUAUAGGAAAACUAUUGGCAAACCUCCACACCCUUGGGGCGAAAAAUAUAUGCUGGUAAACAACCUUUUACAAUAUUUUGUUUAAUUGGAGUGACAUAUUCUGUUACCCUGAGAGGAAGAUUGUCGGAUUUUGACGUAACAGGACCAUUCUUAAACCAUACUGUCAACAACUAUUUAACCCUGCCUUAAGGAGAGAUGAAAAAAUAACUGUACUAGAUAGAAUAAUUAACAGCCUCUGAUUAUAUACCUGCUGGAACACUGCACUAAGGUGGUGCAGUGCACAGUGAACAUCUUGCGUGGGUUUGUGUCUAAGACUUACAGUUGUCUACAUGAGAGCCAACUACAUCCGUUGCUUAUCUCGUCAUGUGCAAAAAGCCUCUAUUAUUGAUCAGAGAUUGAUGACCGUAUAAUUUGAUUACUAGGUUUCGCUGUCGUAUUGGUGGUCAGCAUUCUGAUGUGCUGACAGACAGUACCUGCUGUGCUGACAGACAGUAUCUGCAGGUGUGCUGACAGUACUUGCAAAUGUGCUGACAGUCAUUCUCGUCUGAUAGUUACUGUCAUCUGUGUUUCUGUCGGGAUCGUACAAGCUACUUGACCGCCUGUGUCAUUGUCUCAUUUUGUUACUUGGGACUUAUGAUAACUUACACACACACACACACACACACACACACACACACACACACACACA